ACCAUGAGUCACGUGCCGAUUUCCCAAGCGGAGUUUCCACGACAGCUGGAAGCCGAGCGGGUAAAAAGGCGCAUCGCUUCUUUCCCUGAAAUAAUCUGGAAAAUAAAACGACUUGUGCUCGUCCCAGCUCCUCCAGAUAAACCCUGGUCUGGCAUGGGCGACAAGCGGAGCCCCACAAGACCGAAGCGUCAACCGAAGCCCUCCUCCGACGAGGGGUUUUGGGACUGCAGCGUAUGCACCUACAAGAACACGGCAGAGGCUUUUAAGUGCAUGAUGUGUGAUGUGAGGAAGGGGACGUCAACCAGGAAACCUCGUCCCGUCUCUCAGCUCGUCUCUCAGCAGCAAGUAACGCAGCAGUUUGUUUUGCCGUCGCAGCCCAAAAAGGAAAAGAAGGAGAGGGUCGAGAAGGACAAGGGCGAAAGAGAGCCAGCGCCCAAGAAGAACAGUCACAAGAAGAUGAGACCAAGAUUAAAAAACAUCGACCGGAGCAGCGCCCAGCACCUGGAGGUGACGGUUGGAGACCUCACGGUCAUUAUAACAGACUUUAAGGAGAAGGCCAAGCCCUCGUCCGCCUCCGCUCCUUCGUCCAGCUCCGCCUCGUCGGCCGACCAUCACAGCCAGAACGGCUCUGGCUCAGAAAACACGGAAAAGGCUCUUUCGCUCUCCUCCCUGUCCCGAGGAGAGGGAAGCUCGGUCAACGGAGAGUCCCACUGAUCAUCCUGACUGGCAGCCUGCCUCUGGAGGGCUCUGUCCGCUGUCACUGGUGGAUAAACUGUUGGUUAUUCUUUGGAGGAGGGGGUGAUAUUUUGAAGAUUUUUUUUUUUCUUUGUUGUUCCCAACCAGCUGAAAGAUUCACCUCAAUAUUCUGAAGACAUGUUUUGCUGAACUGACUAAAGUCUGCUGCUAGAAUAUGGACUUCCUGAAAGUUUGGUCCUAAUGAGGAACUUCUUAUAGAAACUUAGGACAAACUUUGGACAGACUACUGGAUCACCUCGAGCUGAAAUUCCUCUAAAACGUACUAUAUGACCAUCAUCAUCAUCAGGAACUUCUUCUACCCCCUACCUGGAGAUUUUCAGUUUAAGCAAAUGCUUUUCCAGUCUGACCAGCGACUCAAUCCCCACUGCAAACCUUCUCUCAACCACAUCAGUCAACUUACAUAAUAUCUGCAGCAGGAUCAGCAACAAAAUGAAUGUGUAAAAGUCAUCUGACUGAAAAUGGCACUGAUUGGUGCCGUGGAAUGGUGUCGCAAAUAAUCUGCUUUUCUGUCUUUAUCAUCAUUUUUUUUUUCCACAGAGAAACUCUACUAAGUGUUGAAUAAAAACAGACGUUUACAUCCUCUCAAUAAAUCAAGGUUUGUCUGCGGUUAUAAAAUAUCA